ACAAAUCUCAAUUGUCAAUACAGCCAAGAACAGAAAGUUGCGUAAAACACGGUUACCUCGCUGAAUGAUGUCUCUGGCCAGAUUGUUUCUCAAUUUAACAAUAAAAAGUAUUCCCAAUGAUGUGCAAAUUACGCAAGUAUGCAAAAUUUCCACCGAGAGUUUAUCGCGAGUGAUGAACAAACCAAAACCGGGAUUAGGCAAAGCUUAUCGCAGGAUUGUUCAUUAUCCAGAAACGUACAGCGUGAAACCGCUAAAUGUAACAAAUCUUGCUGGACGUGAUCCAGAGACGGGUCGUCUGAUUGCCAAAGGAAUAGGUGGUGGUAUAAAACAUAAAUAUCAUUGGAUCAAGUGGAUACGAGAUGGCCCUGCGGAAGGCCCACCGCAGGUUGAAAAAGUAAUUGAUGUAUUCGACGAGGGUUGCCGUACGGCGAAAAUCGCACUUGUUGCGUUCGGGAACGAGCUGAAAUAUAUAUUAGCUACCGAAAAUAUGAAGCCUGGCGAUUUAAUUAAGACGUCCAGGUUUAUUCCAAGAAUCCCAGUUCGAGCAAACGAAGGUGACGCAUAUCCUUUAGGAGCCCUCCAAGUCGGUACUCAGAUUCAUUGCUUGGAAAAAUAUCCCGGUCAACCAUGUCAUCUUAUUCAUUCUGCUGGGACAUACGGCACGAUUAUACGUAAAUUUGGCGAUUUAGUAGUGGUACAACUUCCAUCGAAACAGGAGUUUGCAUUCAAUCAAACGUGUAUGGCCACGGUUGGGAGAGUUUCAAAUAUUCAUCAUAACAAAACACCGAUUGGUUCGGCACAAAAGAACCGAGAAUUGGGUAAUCGUCCUCGGUCAGGACUAUGGCAGCGGAAAGAUGGACGGCAUGGGCGCAAAAUUCGUAAAUUACCUCCAAUGCGGCUUAUUUCCGCUCCUAAGGAAUGUGCGUCAGAACCAAUCAAAUUCACCUUGAAAGUUUAAUAUUCGAUCGUAUAAAGAGAUACAAAAAAUGUUAGAAUAAAAUUACAAAUAAUA